AUGUCAUUUGAGAUCCACAGUGGAUUGACCAACACCAGUCCAUUGAACAAUGUGCUAAAUAAGGAAGUCGAUGACAUAAACCACAACCAAAGGUUCAAUCACUCCAUCGCCAUUCUUCAUACACUUCACUCAUCCUCUACACACAUUAUACCGACGUCUUCCAAACUCACUGCCAUUACUGCUGCUGCCAACGCCGGCUUCCGAAACACAGGCGACAAGAUCGAGCACCUGCUCGGUCAAGCCCUGCAGUUGGAUGCUGGUGAUCCCAACCACAUCCCCAUUGCAAUGGAGAUGGCAAGAACACUGAAUCAUGUGUUUGAUACCUAUACCAUGCAGGCAACAUCUGUCCCGCCCAUGGUUCUCUCUGCGGCGGCAGAAAUACACGCCAAUUUGGACGUGUCCUGUUGCACUGUGGCAACAACGCCAGUCUGGACUAACAUUCAUCCAGAUGAUCCCCGCGCCAAGAACAGUCCUCUCUACCCACUCAGCAUUCGGUAUGGCGCACCGGCCCCUCCUACGCCAGCGCCUCCACCUGCACAACCCACCCCAGGGCCUUCAAAAGGCAAGGGUAAGGAGAAGGCUGUCCCUGAAGAGGAUACCACUGAUGACCAUGGCUGCCAACUGGAGCGCAGCAAAUGUCCUCGUCCCCGCGCCAUGAGUGCAAGGAGCCAGAGCACUGCUCCAAAGGCUAAGCGCUAA